AUGCUGAGAGCAUCUGCUUUGCGUACAGUGCGUUCUCUGAGAACGCCGACAUUCGGAACAGCCUUUCCUGUGGGCUUGCAGCGCACGGCCAUCCGGUUGAACUCCAGCGCUAGCGGCGGUGGGAUACCCAAGGCUACUGAAGAACUGUCUGAGCUACAGAACCAACUACCGACGUUUGAAACGGCGGAGCCUAUAGUGCAGGCAGCGGGAGAGGCAUCGAACCAUAUAGGGUACCUGGCGUCGAUUAAUAUGGCGGACUCGUGGCUGUGGCCGACGGGUUUGCUGCAAAACAUAUUGGAGCACGUGCACGUUUAUGCCGGGCUUCCAUGGUGGGGGACCAUUUGCGUGACUACAGUGCUUGUGCGGGCGUUGCUGUUCCCGCUGUACGUGAAGUACUCCGAUACGAUCGCCAAGACUUCACGGGUGAAGCCGGAGCUGGAGCAGCUGACGCGGGAAGUCAUGGCAAGCACUGACCUGGUGGAGCAGCAACAGGCCACAUUGAAGCGGCGGAAGCUCCUACAGGAGAACGGCAUCAAAAACCGUUAUCUAGUUGUGCCUAUUCUUCAAUUGCCUCUUGCCAUCUCCUUCUUCGCAGCAAUCAGGCAGAUGGCAAACUACCCUGUGGAUGGUUUCAGUGUCCAGGGUAUCUGGUGGUUUGCCGAUCUGGCACAGGCUGACCCCUACCUCGGUCUCCAGUGUCUGACUGCGGCGAUGUUCAUGGGGCUGAGUCGCGCAGGUGGAGAAUCUGGAGCUCAACAAUUCUCGCCCCAGAUGAGAAAGGUGUUUACCUUCCUACCGCUGUUGACGAUCCCAGCUACGAUGAACCUAGCUAGCGGAGUUGUGCUUUAUCUUGCUGUCAACGGUGUGUGUUCUGUUGCCCAGACGCUAUUAUUGAGAACACCUGCUAUCCGGCGCAAGUUGAACAUCGCAGAUGUGGUUCCAGCACCACCCGCGGAUCCUAAUGCCCCACCAAAGGGUUUACUGGAAAGUUUCAGGGAGAACAUAAAGAAGGCCAAGGAGCAAGCUGAGAAGAAGGCGGAGAUGAACAAAAAACGUUAUGAACUAGAGGAGGCGGCAAAGAAGGAGAAAGAACGGACUAGCAAUAUAAAGAUUGUCCACAGGUCGAAACUAAAGUAA